UAUACCAAUUGUGGUUUCUCAAAUGGACAAUACACUUUAAAUGACAACUCUUCAAUUUGUUUUAUCUAAGUGUAAUAUAAAAGUACAGUUCUUCUCAUUAUUGAAAAAAAUAACUUAUUACAAAUAUAAGUAUUUUUAUUAACUGUUUCACAUUUUGUUCUAAUGACGGACUUUCACAGAAGUGCAUUUAAAUCAGUAACAGGAAAGCCAAUGGACGAAAUUUCAAUCGCACAUCACAAUUUGCUUCGACGAUUCCACCAGUUUCCGACUGCUAAUGUUUUAACAGAGGGUGCCUCUUGUUCCAGGGAUCCAGAGAACGGUGUAAAUAAAUCAACAUUAAAUCCAGACAAUUCUACGACAAACCCAUUUCGUCCCUGGUUAUGCGAGAGUAAAACGACGACAAAAACAGAGAGUACAAAUCCGGAAACAGAAUGUUCGGAAACUAAUUCAGAUCAGACGAUAGUAUCCAGAAAUAUUUUUAAACCAUCACUUAGUGAUUUAUAUCGUUACCAAUGGGCACAACAUUUAUAUCGUUCUCCAUUUAAUUUUCUAACAUACGGGCAACAAGCUCUUUGGACAGAUCCAAGAUUUUUUCACUUUUUUGGUCAAAGAAAAGAUUUGUCACAUGGAAUGUUUCCACAUAAAUACACAGAAGAGGGAGAAGUUAUUGGAAAAGGUUUAUACGAAUGUUUAAAAUGUCUGAAACAGUUCAGCACACCACAUGGUUUGGAAGUCCACGUUCGACGUUCGCAUAGCGGUAGACGACCUUAUGCUUGUGACAUUUGCAACAAAACUUUUGGUCAUUCUGUGAGUUUGUCUCAACACAGAGCCGUUCAUACUCAAGAAAAAUCUUUUCAGUGCCAGCAGUGCGGAAAAUCAUUCAAGCGGUCUUCAACCCUUUCUACCCAUCUUCUCAUUCAUAGCGACACAAGACCUUAUCCGUGUCCAUAUUGCGGAAAACGAUUCCACCAGAAAUCGGACAUGAAAAAACACACCUACAUACAUACAGGUGAGAAGCCAUACAAGUGUACCCACUGUGGGAAGGCAUUCAGUCAGUCAUCAAAUCUCAUCACUCACUGCCGUAAACACACAGGUUUCAAACCAUUCUGUUGUCAGAAAUGUGGUCGGUCAUUUCAAAGGAAAGUCGACCUCCGCCGCCACCAGGAAACCCAGCACGCAGAGGAAGUGACAUCAUCGGCGGAUGCUUGCAUGAAUUCGAGUUCAGACUGUUUAGUUCCAAAAACUCCACCCGCAAUCAACAUUGUAUAGACAAAUAUUCUAUUGUAGUUGUAAAUUAGAAAUAGAAAAAUAGUCAACGGGAUGCUUGGGUAGAUGAAAAUCACACACAUCGUUUAUAUUUUUACACACAAUUGUAUACUUAAUACAUUUUAUCUAGUGCUAUACUUAAACGACAAAAUUAGAGUACUAUUUGUAUAUUAAUUGUUGAACUUUUUAUAUAUUAUGUUUACUAAUUUAUUUUGCUGCUUGCUUGCAAAUUUGGAAUGUAUGUAUCCCCGUUCAUACAUAUAAAUACUACAUUCAGUAUUCAGAUAAGGGGAUAACUAUAUAAUCUCAAAGGUGGCUUGUGUUCUAUAAGUCAGGUUGACUUUGUCUCAUUUGGCAAGAAAACAGAGCUUGUCUCUCAACUUCAAUAACUGAACAAUUGUGCCUGUGUAUAUGUGCAUGUGCGUGUGUCGGUUUUCGUGCAUGUACGUAUGUCUGUCUUUGUAUAUGUGUGUGUGCCUGUGCGUGUGUCUGUCUUGGUGCAUGUGUGUGUGCCUGUGUAUGCGUCUGUCUUCGUGCAUGUGUGUGUGUGCCUGUGUAUUCGUCUGUCUUCGUGCAUGUGUGAUAUGAGCGAAAUUGAAAUCAAAGUCAAUCUUAAACAGAAUUUAGUCAAAUUAUCGAUUAUUGUGCACAAUUUCGUAACAGUGAAAUAAAGAACUGUAAUUAAA